CCCGGUUUUUAUCCUAACAACACAACGUAUGGGGGCAAAAGAAAGAAAUCCGAUAAGAGAUGAAAUGGAGUCUCAACUCUGAACUGAACUACACUUGAACUGUCACGGCCACCGCCACCACCACCGCUAAAACGCAGCCGGAGGUGAUAAUCAGCCACCUCAAACAAAAUCGUGUGCUACAGUCAUUUGUGUGGCAAUGAUGAUCUCUUCCGCGUAUACUACACUUUUCGUUGGAGCAUCUCUCUUUCGUCAACGUAAUAAUAGCUUCAGAAGCUUAGCAUUUUGUUUACCUUUCUCAUCUGCACCUGCUUCUCUCUCUUCUGAUAAGCUUUCCAACAAGAAAUGGAGGCAACCGGUUUUCUCUUCAUUGGAGCUUGGCGGACUCAAGAUUACCAAACAAGAUAUAGUGAAGGAUGAUCCAACAAAUAAUGUUCCAGACAACAUAUUUUCGAAACUUGGAAUGCAGCUUCACAGGAGGGAUCAACACCCUCUUGGGAUACUCAAGAAUGCUAUAUACGAGUAUUUUGACACAAAUUAUUCAAACAAGUUCAACAAGUUUGACGACCUUUGUCCUAUUGUCACACUGAAGCAGAACUUUGAUGAUGUCUUGGUUCCUGAAGAUCAUGUGAGUAGGAGCUAUAAUGAUACAUACUAUAUAGACCCUCAAACUGUUUUAAGGUGCCACACAAGUGCUCAUCAGGCAGAACUAUUGAGAGAUGGAUAUACUCAUUUCCUUGUUACCGGAGAUGUUUAUCGAAGGGAUUCAAUUGAUUCUACUCAUUAUCCUGUCUUCCAUCAAAUGGAAGGCUUUCGGGUUUUUGUUCCAGAUGAAUGGGAGGCUUCUGGGAUGGAUGCAACAUCAUUUGCAGCAGCAGAGCUAAAGAAAUGCCUUGAGGGUCUAGCACGCGUUUUAUUUGGUGAUGUGGAAAUGCGAUGGAUCGAUACCUAUUUCCCAUUUACUAAUCCAUCAUUUGAACUCGAAAUAUAUUUUAAGGAAAAAUGGUUAGAGGUUUUGGGGUGUGGAGUGACAGAGCAAGAGAUUCUGAAAAGAAAUGGGGUAUCUAAUAAUGUUUCUUGGGCUUUUGGCCUAGGUUUGGAGAGGUUAGCUAUGGUUCUAUUUGACAUACCGGAUAUUCGUCUCUUUUGGUCAAAUGAUGAGCGAUUUACCUCCCAGUUCUCCAAGGGCCAAUUAGGGGUCAAAUUUAAGCCGUUUUCAAAGUAUCCUCCUUGUUACAAGGACAUCAGUUUCUGGAUCAAUGAAUCAUUUACCGAAAACAAUCUAUGUGAAGUUGUCAGAGGAGUAGCAGGGGAUCUUGCAGAAGAGGUACAAUUAAUAGACAAUUUCACCAACAAGAAAGGAAUGACCAGCCACUGCUAUAGGAUUGCAUAUAGGUCUAUGGAACGUUCUCUUACUGAUGAAGAAAUUAACGAUCUGCAGUGGAAAGUAAGAGAACUGGUGCAGAACAAAUUGGAAGUUGUCAUAAGAUGAGCUUUAAUGGAUUUUCUGCAGUUUUGCUAUUUUUGUCUCAAUUUUUGUGUAAAGAUGCUUUAACUACCAUUACAACAUAUGAAUAACGCCAUAGACCAAUGUAUUAUUUAUUUCAGCAUUGUGAAUGUAUACUAGAACCUGUUGGUGACAACACUUAGUAUAUCAUGCUCAGCAGGAACCGAAUCCUUGUGAAAUUACUUAGAUUUGUAAUUUAUGGUUUACUCCUA